AUGGCUUCUUCUGCGGAUGCUCCUCUAGAGGGUGGCCUUUCGUCUCUGAGAUUGACGGCCGAUAAGUACCGAUCGAUCUUGAACGAUGAAAAAACUGGGAAUACACGGUGGAGAUACGGUGGUCCUCCGAUAUUUGACACUGUGAACAAGCUCUUCGAAGAAGAAAGAACUCAUGUAUGGCCAGAAGGAUCGUUGGAAGAGACGGUUCAAAACGCUAUCAAGUCAUGGGAGAUGGAGCUCUCACACAAGAUACGUUUACAAGACUUCAAGACUAUUAACCCUGAUAAGUUUAAGCUCUUUGUCAAUGGGAGAGAAGGAUUAUCAGCUGAAGAAACGCUUAGGCUUGGGAGUUAUAAUGCUUUGCUCAAGAACUCUCUGCCUGAAGAGUUUCAGUACUAUAAGCCAGAGGAAGAGAGCUUUGAGUCAUCGCAUGACGCCUUUAGAUCUGCUUUACCACGUGGGUUUGCUUGGGAAAUACUUUCUGUGUACUCAGGGCCGCCUAAUAUAGCCUUCAAGUUUAGACACUGGGGAUACUUUGAAGGAAAUUUCAAGGGUCAUGCUCCUACUGGGGAAAUGGUUCAGUUCCUCGGCCUGGGAGUUCUAAAGGUUGAUGAACUGCUUCGAGCAGAGGAGAUUGAGAUUUACUAUGAUCCAGGAGAGCUGUUCGGGGGACUGCUCAAGGGACCUCCUAUAUCAGAGACCAACACCACAGACACUGGAGACAACACUGCAGAGAAACAGAGCUGUCCCUUCACACAUUAA